CCCACUCACCCCCACACAACACAACUUCAACAACAUGACUGGACGAGGAAAAGGUGGCAAGGGUCUCGGCAAGGGUGGAGCUAAGCGACACAGGAAGAUUCUUCGUGACAACAUCCAGGGUAUCACCAAGCCUGCUAUCCGCCGUCUUGCUCGACGAGGUGGUGUCAAGCGUAUCUCGGGACUCAUCUACGACGAGACCCGUGGUGUCCUCAAGCUCUUCCUCGAGUCGGUCAUUCGUGACUCGGUCACCUACACUGAGCACGCCAAGAGGAAGACUGUCACUUCCCUCGACGUCGUCUACGCACUCAAGCGACAGGGCCGAACCCUCUACGGUUUCGGUGCUUAAGAAUAGCAAGUCUACUCUCGUGGUCGAAUGGACGAUAAGACGCAGGUCAACAAGCUAGCGCUGUCCGCCCCCACCAUCGCCCGUGGCUCACCUUGGCAACGACCGCAAGCGCCCAAUCAGCACUCGUCGACCCAGGUCCGACUGCUUCUUCCCCAUGUUCUGUACCUUUUAUGUCUCAUGUCGACGAUUACCAUGUCUUCUCCCCUACUCUCUUGUACUAGUAGCUAUCUCAGGAUCUUCACGGGGGCGAUGAAUUCGCGCAAGUGGCA